AUGAAGAUUCCUUACGUGGUAUCAACUAAUACGCGUGAUGCAUACAGAAUUACUAAUGCGAUGAAGAAUUCUCUCGCUGAACUUCCUAGGAAAAUUUUGGCUGAGGAUUUUGAAUGGGAUGAUAAUUUUACCCCAGCUCCACUUACAUAUUUUGCUGCUCUCGCUCUUUCGAGAAUUUUUCAUAGAAUUAACCCCUUACAUAAAAUUCUCCAGAAAGACGUUAAUAUGCUCAUGGAUUUGUACCCAGCUACAAUACCACUUAAAUAUAGUGUUCCUUGCAUAAAGGAUGAACAAUAUUGGAAAAGGUCAUAUGCUACAAAAUUUCCCGAUAGAAAGGAGUUGGGCGUUUCCUUUUGGAAAGGGAAAUACCUAUCGGCAUGUCUACAAGACUAUUUAGAAAAUGUCAACCCAGAUGUAUUUAUAGAAGAAGAUGCUAUAGAAUUGGCGACAUUGGUGAGUCCAUAUAUUUAUGAAUUGGGUCUCAAUCAGCUGCAAAUGGUUCGUCAACCAACACCUCCGGUCCCAUAUGACGACGUUGUUGAAGAUACCUGUGAAUACAGCGUUCCCAAACUUUACGACCAUAUACCACUUGAACCAGUUCUGAUGAAACUCUAUAACUUACAAGAAAUAUCAUUAGUUUUUGGUAUUAACAACGUUGCUGAUAACUAUUUGCCAAGGUAUUAUGAAUUCUCCAUGGCAGAUUGUGAGUCCCUUUGCAGAGGCCUUGAAGAUUUAAGACAUUUGAGACUAUUUCGUAUUAAUCGGAGCAACUUAGAUUGUUCAAAAGUCAAACUAAUUCUGCAAAAUUUGGUGAAGAAGGAAAGCAUUGAAGAGCUGGAUUUCAAUCAUUGUAAGAUUGGCGAUUACGGAAUGAAAGCUUUGGGUGGUUUCGUCUUCAUUCACAAUAACGUAAAGAGAGUCAGAAUAGCCAAUAAUCGUUUUAAAGAAGUAGGCGUGCAGGGGAUAGCGUAUGCCUUGCAAAUGAAGCCCGCGGCGCCGAUAGAACUGCUUGAUUUCAGUUUGAAUCCGAUGUCCCUCGAAUGUGCGACGAUAUUCGCUGCUGCGUUCGUACGCUGUAAAGAGAAACCACAAACUUUGAUUGUCAAUUCAUGCGGUUUUAGAGGCCCUUCCGCUGAAAAGAUGGCUGGUCUGCUCAGCCUGAAUCGUGGCCUGACGAGAUUAGACAUGGCAGCGAAUGACCUGUCUGGCGAAGCUGAAAAAACUCUCAUACGCGCCCUGGAGCAGAAUAAGAAAAUCCUCCGCAUAGACCUGAGAAGGACUCAUAUUUCGGAGGAAACACAAGCAAAGGUAGAUGAGCUUUUAGAGCGAAACAAGAAACUGAUCGGACAAGAAACAGAGCCAAGUGAUGAGAUUCCUCCGCUCUACCUGAAUGAGCCUGAAUACCUUAUUUGGGAGUAUAAUCCUAAUAACCCCGACUAUACUCCCGGUCGAUAUCCCACGAGAGUGCCGGAAGUAUAAGAAUGAAAAUUAUUCAGACUCUAUUUUAAUAUUAUUAUUUUUU